AUGGGUUUGUGGCAGGUUGAACAGCGAGUUUCUGGUGGAAGGAUGACACAAAAGGCGACUGGGCAGACACGACGAGACACAGGAGGACACGACGGCUCUGAUGGGACGGGGAAAGGCGGAUGGGGGAUGCAGACAGGCGUCUUGAAGGAGACGAGAAACCACAAUGCACUACGGGACAAGCAGCUGGUCGUGAACAUAUAUCAGCGAUGCAGGCUGGUCCCAGCUAGAUGGAUCAUGGAUCAUGCAUGGUGGAUAUAUGUCCGUGCUCUGGUACUGGUGUGUAUCAAAAAAAUAUACAAGACAAAUCGUCAUAUCGUCAUCCAUCCACAACCACACCAUGUUGACCCCCUGUUGAUCUACAAACUCUCCACCACUCAGAGACAGACAAAUCCACAAAGCAACUCCAACUCUUUUGCCAUCCAUCCAUUCCAAGCUGAUUCAUUCGGCCGUCGCGUACGGAGGUCCCAGGAAAUCAAUCCAGCGACUUCUUCCCUCUACCACAAUUCCACCCCGUUUUCCCUUCUACUUUUUUCAGCCUGCUCCAGCACGUCCAUGGCAAACGGUGUUAUCCGAUGCGCCAAGUCUGCUCUAAACUCCGCCGGCAUGGCUAUAGCGUAG